AUGCCGCUCACUCAGCGGGUUUUGCUGCAGCAGCAGCAGCAAAACUCGCUUGCAGUCUUGGCUGCUUUCUUCGAGGGAGGAGGAGCCAACAACGCGUCAGAAGGCGGCAAGCCGUCGGGAGAUGACGCCUCCCGCCUUCUUCGGGAGGGCCCCCCCCUCCGGCUAUCUGCCUCCGAGAGGGCGGCAGGCCGCACUUGCUGGACGGCACUGCGUACUGCCUUGUCAUCUCGAGCUGCGGCAGCGGCUGCUCCUGCAGAGCAGCAGCCGCUGACCCUCGCGAUUACCGUCACGCUGCAGUGUCUGGAGAAAGCCAUGGAAGAGCUGCAGCAUCAGAACGAGCAGGAGCGUGGGGGCGAGGAGGAGGUCGCAGAGAAGGGGCCCUUUAGGGGCCCUUCUUUGUAUGUCGUAGGUAUGGCAGUCGUUCUGGAGGCCCUGCUGGCUGCCGGCGCAAAGGCGCAGCUUCUCCCGCAAGCGGGAGAGCAACAGCAGCAGUUUUUGCGACAGCUUCUGCACCUUCUUCAGGCCGCAACCGUCGCUCCCGCUGCUCCUGAGAGGGCUUUUCUCUCACUUGUGCAGUCCUUGCGCCUCUGUAUGGGCAUCGAAUCUCGCAAAGAAGGAGCUGUUCGCACCGUCCCCAACGGCAGAUGCGGCCUCGUAGCCGGCAUCUCGCGCGGCUGCUUCGAGGUGCUUCUGCGUGUCGCAGCAGAAGUGCCCCACGUCUCUGCGCAGGCAGCAGCUCGGCGUCUCUUGCUACACGCACUCUCUAGGCUCUGCGAAGAGCUGCAGCAGGGGGAAACUGCGGCCUCGGCGACAGCCUCCUCGAGUCUAGGGGCCCUCACUACUGCGCUUAUCCGGGCGCUCAAGCAGCAGCAGCAGCAACAGCAACAGCAGCACCUGUCGGGGCAACAGGGCAGCAGCAGCGGAGCCAGGCUGCUGGUGCUGCUGCAGCGGAUGCUGCCUCAGCUGCUGGGGGCCCUCGGCCGCCGUCUGGAGGCCCUGCAGCGGCUGCCGCCGGAGCAGCAGCAGCAGCAGCAGCAGCAGAUGUUGAUGCAGCAGAAGGAAAAAGUUGAAGCCCUAUGCUUGUUGCUGGUGCAGAAGGGAUACAAGGGAAAGGUCCCCGCAGAGUGCUUGGAGGCAGUGGGAGUAAUCCUCACGGAGUUGUUGCAUCAGCGACGUGCAUUGCUGCUGCAGCUGCAGCAGCAGGAUGAGCAGCACGGCGAGCAGCAGCAGCAGCAUCAGACAUACAGCCUCUCCUCGCUCUGUCUUGCCUCGCAGCUGCUGCCGCGGCUGCUCUCCAAGAAGGGGGCCCUCUACUGCUGCACCAGCGGGGGCCCCCGGGACGUUGCCGCUUGGUGCGCCGCUAGUUCUGCUGCGGUUGCUGCCGUCAUGCUGUGGGCAAGCGAGAGUUUCGUGCAACAAGAGACGCGACAGGAGACAGGCACUGCAGGAGCGAGUGGCAAGUCAACAGGUGCAGCAGGAGCAGUAGCCGAUGCAGCGGAGGAUCAAUUGAUGGCCCUUAUGGACAGGCUCAGCCUCGAGGCUUCGCGACAUCAACAAGAACAGCAUCAACAACAGCAGGAGCAGCAGGGACGGAAUCGGAUGGGCGUGUGCUUAUCCUUAGUGCAACGCUUCGUGGCAGCCCUCGCGGAGAUUGUGAAUAAGGCCUCGGACCCAACCGCCGUAUCGGCAGCACUUAAGGCAGCAAAGCGGUUGGUGCUGCAGGCUCAAGUCACGAACGUGCCGCUAUACUCGGCUAUCAUCCCUCUCAUCAUGAGUUUGCUGCAUUACCGACACAAGACGCGCUGGCCUGAGGCCUUUGAACUGUGCACCGAAGCGUUGACUGCGUUGGAAUGUGCUUCUUUCGUGGAUUUCCUAGGAUGCAGUGUAGCAGACGCCAAGCCCAGCUGCCUCUCUCUUGUAAGCGUCACACCCUCAACCCCCAAACUGCAGAGGCUCUCGACGGCGGAGGGCAUCGCGCUCAGGCAGCUGGAAGAGGCUGCCGCGAUGGGGGGGGGCAGCGACGCGUCAAGAAAAAAUGCAGCUUUUUUGAAGGCGAAACAGCAGGAAAUCCGCUUUUACAAGUUCGUGCAGUACUUACCCUUGCCCCCUUUUGCGAAAAAGUCAAGCGAGGUUUCUGCAACUAUGGAUGGCGCUCCUUUGGGCCCUUUUCCAGCGCAGGGGAAGUCGGGGUGUAUGUUGUGCGAUAUGCUGUGGGUAGCCAUAUAUCGCGCGCUCCGGCAUACCCCUUCCUCCCCCGACACCCUACUCCACAUUCAAGCGCAUGGAGUUGAGGUCGGUUACUGCUGCAUUCGCUUUUUGUCCCUCAGGCCUCAGCUGGAGGUUGCUUUUGGAACUGCGGUGCGCGUGUUUGGCUGCAUGCGGCUCUUGGGAGAUGGACAGGAAGGCACACGCUUGCACCUCUCGCUCGCCGCUAAUGCUUCGGUCUCCUUUGAGGCCUUUGUGACGCGCAGUAAUGUCUGGAUGCUGCCGUUGUUACAGCGCUUCGUCUGCAGGGAUAGCCUGCAAUACUUUUGCAGGCACAUUUUACCAGCGGCUGCAGCCGUGCAGCGUCGGGCAGAGGAGGCGACAGCAAAUGGCCGUUCGAUAGAGAGCAAUGACUGGGUGCGAGUGCACAGGCAGCUCUGGUGUUUGCUGCCGGCCUUCGCUUCCCAGCCCUUAGAUUUGGAGGAGGUUCUUCAGGGGGAGACGACGCCUGAGGGAGGCAACGGCUCCCCGCGAGACGGGGAGGAAGCUUCAAAGCCCGCACAGCUGCUUCCCAGGAUAUUGGAGUUGUUGCACGACGCCUUCCUCAGGGAAGCCGCGUGCGCCGCCAUUGUUGCUCUCUCCAGGUCUGCAGCCGCACCAGGCGGGCAUACGGCCCAGCAGCAACAACAACAGCUACAACAGCAGCAGCAGCAGCAGGCAGCGCUGCUGUGCUUCGGGGCAGGGAGUGGUGGAAAACGCGCGCCGACACCAGCGGGGGCUCGCGUCUUACACUGUUUGCAGCAGCUUGCUGACGCUGCUGCUGCUGCGUCUCCAGGCGACACGGCAGCAGCAGAUGCAGCACAAGCUGCCGUGCAAGCAGCAGCGGCCGCCGCAGCGCGUGCCGCUCGCAUUUGCUGCCCCGCAGACAGCAGCUUGCUGCCUGCCGCAGUCACGGCUGCAGCAACAUCCCACAGCAACCGUCGAGCCCUCUCUGCCUUCGCCGAGGAGACUCUCGGGUUCUUGACGGUUCGGUAUUUGCUGUUGCACAAGGACGUAGCAGCGGGAGCUGCGGCAGCCAGACCAGCGGAGGCGGUGUUUGCUGCGCUGUCGCCCUCCGCGAAGGCCAAAGCUGCGCAGCAGCUGCUCCAAGCAAUUCAGGCCUUUGCGCCGCUCUGCCCGCGUGCUUUGAUGGAAUCAAAUGUGAAACGCUUCUCGUCAGCCCUUCUAGCGUCUGCGGCUUCUGCGUCCAUCGCGGCGUCUCCCGCACUCGCCCCGAAAGAGUGUGCAGCGUUGGUUGAGGUCUGUGACACCUUGCGGCCCUUCACGGCGGCAGACACGGGCGCCGAUCUCUUCCAGGCGUUGCUCGCUCUGCUGAGACGCUGCUCCAGCGCACUAAGCGGCAGCAGCAGCAACUCCGGCAGCAGCAGCAACACCGUCCUGCUGCUGCGGACGCUGCAGCGGAAGGCAUACGGAGCUCUGAAGCAUACACUUGACGACGCCGAGCAGCAUUCGGGGUUUGUGGUCGGGCAGCCACAGUUGUUGGAGGUGUGGGCAGCCCUCAAGGAAAGCCGAGGCACUACCGCAGCGGCCAUUGACUUAAAACAAAGGCUCGGCUGUCUCCUCGCGCUUCUGCAGUCCUUCGACAGACACCGCACGGCGUUCCCCGAGUCUGAGUGGGAAGGGCUGCUGCAAGAGGUGCUGCCUGCGGCGGUGCCUGAAGUACUGCUGUCUCUAAAGGACCCCAACAAGAAGAGCCGCGAAAUCGCUGCUGCUGCUCUCGAGGCCCUCGUCAAGCUCUGUGAAGACAAACAGCUUCACUUAUCCGCCCUGGCUACGUUUGUCGCUGCUGGCUUCGGCGGUCUUGCACCCGAAAUCGGGGGCCCUCAGGGGGACCAAGGGGCACCUCCUCCGUUACUCAAAUCCGCGGCAGCCCUCGCCUUAGGGAGACUCCUUGACCUCUACGGUGAUGAGCUUCCCCACAGCCAAAUCCAGCAGUGGGCAAAGGUUGGAUUGUUGCUGCUCAAGGAUCACAACCGCAUCGCCUUUCUCGCAGGCCUUCACUUCGCAAAGGCAUGCAUUCGUGCUGGUGACAUGGAUGACUUGGCCGCCUGGUUGCCUUCGAUGCUCGCCGCCCUGGAUAAUCCAAAUGCUGCAAAAGCUCGCAUGAAGAUCCGCCGUUUGAUUGAAAAGCUGUGCAAAUUGAUGGGCGAAGAGGCUCUAGAGAAGGCCAUGCCAGAGCAGCACAUCCCUUUGUUGCGCUACAUCCUUCGCUCCGAGAGGCGGCGAACUAUUCGGCGGCUCAUCCAACAGACUCUGAAGGGAACGGCUGACUCGGCUGAUGAGAGUGAAGGCUCCGAGGAGGAGCGAGGAGGUGGUGAGGAAUCCGAGACGGACGCAGAUUCGGAGGACGAUGUCGCCGUCGAUGAGAAGGUUGCGCCACCACGCAAGGCGAAGGCCAGAGGGGAGGAAUUGCGGGUUGAGAGCCGAGGCGUUGAAGCCGUAGGGAUAAAAUCUCUGUUAGAUGCCUUUGAAGAGGAAAGCGAAAACGAGCGAAGGUCCAGGCGAAAGCGACAAUCAACAGGGGCUUCUUCUUCGGGCAAUCUGUGCAUCUUCGAGGAUGGGGACGGGGCUGACGCAUCGUCUGCUGUUUUAGACUUCUGCGGUGUAUCCGCUGCUCAGCAGAUUCUCGUUGGCAUGCAGCCGAGAAAAGACAGAAAGACAGAGAAUGCCGGUAGAGGAGCGAAGAGAGAACGAAAAUUCAGUCAGGUGAAGGUCAACGAAGACGGUAAAAUCGUCAUCGAGGAUGAAGAAGAGAAUGAUGGUCAGGAGACGCAAGCUCCCAAGUUCUCUAUUGGCAAGAAGACACCAGCCGCGGGUCGCCGCAAAGGCUUAAAGGCAACCGCUGCUUCUUCCCCUGCUGCGGCCAAGUCCAACAACCCCGACAGAAGCCCGGCCACGACUGGAAAGCGAGUAACUCUGAGCUGUCUGGCCGCUCGGCGUGCCGCAUUACGCGAGAUGCGGAAGAAGCAGAGCGGCGGGCACUUCGUGCAGCGCAGCGGAGAAGAAUUUAAGGCCAAACGCGCCCAGGGAGACCUUAAACUCAAAGCAGGAAUGGAUCCUUACGCCUUCGUGAAGCUCAAUAGGGGCGUGCUGAAAGAGAAGUAUAGGGCUCAAGCUGUUAGGGUCAGUCAAGUUGCAAUCCGACUCGCAGAGCCCUUGCUGAUCGCAGAGAAUGCUGGAGCCGAGCCCUCACCGAGGGGCGACGGUGCAACUAUGGAAAGGGGCGUCAUGUGUCCAUACGGGGCAGAAGCAGAUAGCGAGGGAAACGAAGGCUAA